AUGGAAGAAGAUAACCACGAAAAACAACUUGAUGAUGGAGGAUCUUCAUCUCUCUUUAAGACUUGUUUCAACGCACUCAAUGCCUUUUCAGUACCAUAUUCACUAGCUCGUGGAGGAUGGUUGAGUUUAUCACUUCUCUUACUCCUAGCCGCAACCGCCUUCUACACAUCUUUACUCAUAACAAAAUGCAUGAACGCCGAUCGCACCAUUAAAACGUACCCGGACAUUGGAGAACGUGCGUUUGGUAGACCGGGAAGAAUCGUUGUGUCAGUCUUCAUGCACCUAGAACUCUACCUAGUCACUACAGGUUUCUUGAUCGUGGAAGGAGACAACCUUCACAAUCUUUUCCCAAGGUUUAACAUCAAAAUGAUCGGUUUGAGAUUGAACGGGAAACAGUCUUUCAUGGCCUCAGUGGCUCUU